UAAUAAACAUCUAUAAUUCUUUCAUAUCAUCUAUCAACAAACUUUGCAUUUUAAUUUCAAAAUGGCAAGUUCAAACAAUUCUUUUAUUGCUAUAUUUUCUCUUCUUCUACUCUCUACCAUGCAAUGUCAUGCACAACUUUCUUCCACAUUCUACGACCGAACUUGCCCUAAUGCACUCACCACUAUUCGUACAACUAUAAGACAAGCAAUUUCAAGUGAGCGUCGUAUGGCUGCAUCGCUCAUUCGUCUUCAUUUCCAUGAUUGUUUUGUUCAGGGUUGUGAUGCUUCUCUCUUGCUUGAUGAAACUCCAACGAUUGUCAGCGAGAAGACUGCGCUGCCAAAUCUUGGAUCAGUUAGAGGCUUUGGUAUUAUAGAAGAUGCAAAAAGAGAGGUUGAGAAAACAUGUCCUGGAGUUGUAUCGUGUGCUGACAUACUUGCAGUUGCUGCUAGAGAUGCAUCAAGUCUCGUUGGCGGUCCAUCAUGGACAGUGAAACUAGGAAGAAGAGACUCAACCACUGCAAGUCAUACUCUUGCAGAAACUGAUCUUCCUGGUCCUUUCGAUCCUCUUAGUAGGCUUAUUUCUGGCUUUGCCAACAAAGGCCUUAGCACAAGGGAUAUGGUUGCUUUAUCAGGAUCACAUUCAAUUGGACAAGCACAAUGCUUCCUUUUCCGUGAUAGAAUUUAUGGAAAUGGAACAGACAUCGAUGCUGGAUUUGCUAUUUUUCGACUAUUGUAA